UUGUCAUGUUUGUUUUCAGAAGUGAUAAGUGCGAAGUGCCAUAAUGGGGUUUAAUCAAACAGAUAACCCUUUUCUAGUCUCUACACUGACACCUCUACUCAUGGGGGUUUCAUAUGUUGCAAGUUUAUAUGUGUGGCCCACAAAACAUGAACGAGACCAUCCUGACACGAUAAAACGAAGAUUUGUUAGUGCUGCUUUUAUGACAGUUAUUUCGCCGUUGUUUGUUACUACAUUCGGAGCACCACACUUACUACAACAAAAUUCGUUAUGUGAGAUACUGGGACUAAGAUUACCAGGACUGAUUCCUGCUUCUAUCUUUCCUGUUCUGCUAACAGUUAUUCUCUUCCUGGGACCUACAGUUAUGCUGUUCACAGAUCCUCGUGUGAGGGUGUAUUGGCUGCCUAUGUACUGGAAACAGAGUCUUAAGGAUUGGAUUUGGUGGAGAAAUCAUGUUGUUGCUCCCUUCAGUGAGGAGUUUACAUUUCGCGCCUGUAUGGUUCCUAUCCUUCUUGGAUACUACACCAAGAAGCAGACAAUGUUGAUCAGUCCACUAUUCUUUGGUGUGGCACAUUUUCAUCAUAUGGUAGAGAGAAUUAGAAAAGGACAACCAAUCCUCACCUCGUUCCUUUUCUCUAUGUUCCAGUUUACCUACACAACAAUAUUUGGAACAUAUUCUGCGUUCCUGUUCCUUUCCACAGGACACUUUGCUACACCGUUUCUGGUACAUGCGUACUGCAACUUCAUGGGGUUCCCCGAUAUAGCAGAGGUCCUUAGUUUUGAACCAAAGAAACGAUUGUUUGUCUCUCUGAUGUUUAUUCUCGGAGCAAUUCUAUUUUAUUUCGUCCUCACUCCUGUAACCAGCGCAAACAUCUACCUCAACUUCAUCUACGCUGACUUGCCCUAAAUCUGUCUUGGGCUGGACAAAGCGCUUAUUAGUUCAUUUUUUCACUAGUCCUUUCUACACUGUACCGGCACAAUUAUUUAAUCAAGAUUAACCCAUGGGUAAUUGUGAAAUGCAAAAACUCAAAUCACUUAAAAAAAUUUCAUUGUUUUCAAAUAUGAUGAAUCUCUGUAAGGAAAAGUUGAUGACAAAGUUUGUAAAUUUAAAACUGAAAAGGACUGUCAACAUAAUUUCAAGUGCUCCUUUAUCUGAGUACUAAGGAGAAAGAUAUCGUACUUCACUUUAUUAAAACUUGUAGAAUUCCUUCAACUUUCCUCUUUUUUGCACAUGCAUAAAUCCAGAAGUCACUUUGACCACGAUUCACAUUUUUCAUUAAAAAAGAAACUAGGAUAUUUUUGGCAUUUUUACUCAGACUACUGUUUUAAGGGUACAGUUGUGAAUCUGACAUGCACCUCAUUUAAUGGCGAGUCACCUUAAAUUAUUUCGACAGUCCCCUUAAAUUAUAACAAAGCGUGUGAUGCAAUAUAUAUAUAUACCUGACCUACUUUAAAGAAUAUUGCUUUAUUCAAUUGGAUUCAAGACUUCUAAGUUUAUGCUUUAUAACAUGACCUUCAUUUUCAAACAUUUCAUGACUACCAUGUUUUUGGGCCACUUGAACGUAAUGUUUUCAUGUCUUUGUAAAUUGUCUAUGUAUCGCGCAACAUAAACCGAUUCAAAAAUGGUAAAAUUAAAAUUAUUCAGAAAUUAUCAUGUUUAUUGGGAUACGGUGUGUAUAUAAGACAUUCAGAACGUGAUAAAGAAUUAUUUAUGUUUAAAUGAUUUAUGAGAUAUUCUCUUAAACUUGAAUCUAGUCGUACUGAAUUUAAAAUAUAAAAAUAUCUUUUUUAACAAUGUAACGCGAUGAUUAAAUUUGUGGCAUUGUUUGUGCACAAAAUAAGAUAUAUGUUUGAAGAUUGGGAUGUUACAAAAGAAAAAAAUGGGACUGAAUCUGAGUCAAAUUUGGGAUUCGAUCGCUACUAAGUUUGCCUUUAUCUAUAGAGAUUAUAGGAGGAAAACGCUUACUGUUAAGAGCGGAAAGUCUAUGUGAAUUCACUUGUAUCAUAACCCUCACUUAGUUUGCCGCUUAUUAAUCAUAUUUUUUUAUCCAAGAAUUUCCUAAAUAUCUUUUUAAACAAUCCCCCCCCCCUAAAAACGCUACAGAUAGAAGUAAAAUAAUUAGCGCUCAAUCCCGAAUUUGACAAGGAUUCGGCCUUUUCCCCCUUUUCAUUUUUCGCAAACCUUCCCUUUAAAUCAUAAUUCUGAAGUUAUAUAAUCUUUCCUUGUCUGGGUCCCAGUGAUAUAUUCUUAUUCGCCAUUUAAGUGAAUUCACAGAGUAAUUUUGUUAUUUAUGAACCCAGAAAUUCAUUCAAAAAGUAGA